CACGCGUUAUGAUGGCAACACUGAUUGUCGUUGUAAAACGCAUGCGUGCCGUUUAUCAAGUGUAAACUACAUUCCAUCGUUUUGUCAAGCACCCGAUUGUCUGUGUACUUAAAUUUUAUAGUACUUUGUUUAAAGUUCGUAUUUCCAGAAGAAAAUGCCGGGAACGCCAAUGGACCAGGACAAGAGUUCUUUGGGAAAAUUACAAGUGGAACAACCGCAGAAGGAUGCGGACGAGCCCGUUAUGCGAGAAUUGACGCAGACGGAUCGAUUGAACCAAAAACUAUUGGUUUCAUUCCUUGAAAGAAUGAAGAAUUCAAAGGAAGAAUACGACAAGUACAUGAACAAAGAGCCAGUGGAUACAGAUGAUCAGAACAACAGUGAUUUCUGAAUAUGAAUAUUAAUAUAAGAAACAUAUAAGGUUAUAACGGCAUCCUAAGAUCGUACCAACUGUGAAGAUAGAAACAAUAUAUGUUUUAUCUAACUAUGAUAGUAUAAUUGUAACACUGUUUUGUCCAUUUUUAUACAAAACUAUAUAAGAACAAUAUAAUUCUGAACUUCAACUAUUUA